AUGAUGAUCUCUUGGCGCUUGCAGUUGCUUGGCUCUGAGAAAUCAGCUGAGAAGAAAGAAGACGAGUUUCGUUGCAAGCAGUGUGGCACACGAACGCUUCGCACGGAGGGAUCCAAGCACGAGAGGCAGGAUAUCCGCUUGGCGAGUACUUGCAUCGAAUUCUCCUGCAAAGCUGUGCUGGAGACGCCAUCCUUGAAGUUGGAGCCUGUGCUGGCGCUUUGCUGUCGUGGGUUGGUGGAUGUUGCCUCCGCGGCAGUGGUGGCAAUGAUCUUGACCUGUGAUCUGCAAAAUGACGAGGUCCGACGUCGAGAAUUCCACUGGAUUGUUCCACCACAGUCCUGGCAACAGAUUGGAAUGCUCACAGUGAUUGCCUGGUGGUGCAUGUGGACCAACAUGAUCAUUACUGCCAUGGCUGACUUUGUGAUCAUGUACACGACCGAGCUCUGGGUUUUUGCGGGCGGCCUCACGAAAAGAGGUGGGCACGCCCCAUGCUGCUCUAUUCUGCGAGGAUACUACGUAUGCCUCAGAUAUCAUUUUGGCACCAUGGUGGUUGGUGGUUUGGUCGUGGGAUGCCUUCAGCCCAUCCGCUUGGCCUUCGGGCUGAUGGCCGGCCUCGUCUCCUUCGAUCGGAACUCCGUGGGCCUCGUCAGCUGUUUUUGCGACUGCGUCGUGCAGGUCUACAGGAAUUCUUUGGAGCCGUGGUGUCGUAAUGCAUACAUGGACGUGGCGCUCAACUCCCGCUGUUUUCAUGAAUCGGCCUGGCAUGUUUCAUGGGUGAAUGCCAAGUUCAUGACUGCCGUGAAUAUCUUGAAUGGCGCAACCUGGCUUUUUCAGCUAGCAGGUUUGGGGGCGAUUACUUCCCUGGGCCAUUUGCAAACUUGCGUCAUCAUCAAAUACUACCCUGGCUUCGAAGACCCUUACAGCCCGGACUAUGUGCAGAAUCCUUUCUUGCUAUCGAUUUGUGGCUCUGUCGUUGCUUUCACCAUGGCCUUCCCCUUCAUGAUGAUCUUCGACACAGUGAGUGACACCGUGCUUUUUGCUUACAUCGUGCAAAAGAUGCGCGAGGAGAAAGAGAAGGUUCCCACGGUCUACUCGCGAGCGUGUGGUUUCAUCGAGCGCGUGGAUGAUUUCAUUGGAUUGGGCUGCGUCGAGCAUGAUCACACGGAGAGGGACUACUCGAUGCCCAAGUUUCUCUUGAGUGAAUUUGAUGAAGAAGCUGUUGAGGUUGGGCUUGUGGACCCUACGAAGAAGCUGGAUGGCUUCAGAACAUUUUUUGGGUUGUUUGUAAAGUUUGUAACUUUAUUUUUGGGAUGUACAUGUUAA